GCUUCGCCGCUGGUGUGGCCGAAACCACACCUGAGGCGGACCCCAAGUCCACUGGCAUGAGCUGGCGCCCCUGCAGCUGCGUCACACGGCCUUUCUCCUGCUCUUGCAGCUCUUGCUCCUGCAGCUCCAGCGCGCUGACAGCCGCCGGGCGCCCUAGCUGCCCAGACGGUUGUAAAGAAGAAGGUUUCACUUUUUCUGGCAAAAUGAAGUGUGAUUUUAAUUGUAACCAUGUUCAUUCUGAAUCGAAACUGGUAAAACCAGAUGAAAGUGGAAGACAAGGCUCCUACACUCCUGCAUAUUUAGAAGGUUCUUGUAAAGACUGCAUUAAAAACUAUGAAAGGUUAUCAUAUAUUGGGUCACCAGUUGUGAGCUACAGGACUAAAGAACUUGAACCUAAAAGCAAACCCUUGCAUAACAAAGAAAAUCAACAUGUGCAACAAACACUUAAUAGUCCCAAUGAAAUAGAAGAACUGGACACCAGUAGACUUUGUGAAGACAGUGGGUAUUCCUCAUUUACUCAGCAAAGUAUCCUCAAUGAAUAUGAAGAGAGUAGCUUUUCACUCGAGGAAGAUUUCAGAAACAGCCCACAGUCCUGCCUACUACAGACACAAAGCCCAGAAUAUCCCAACAAAAACUUGCUGCCAGUUCUUCAUUUUGAAAAAGUGGUUUGUUCAACAUUAAAAAAGAAUGCUAAGAGAAAUCCUAAAAUAGAUCGAGAAAUGCUGAAGGAAAUUAUAUCCAAUGGAAAUUUUAAACUCCAGAAUAUAAUUGGCAGGAAAAUGGGCCUAGAAUGUGUAGAUAUCCUUGGUGAACUCUUUCGAAGGGGACUCAGACAUCUCCUAGCAAAUAUUUUGACACAGCUCAGUGAUAUGGACUUAAUCAAUAUGUCCAAAGUGAGCACAGCCUGGAAGAAGAUUCUAGAAGAUGAUAAGGCAACAUUCCAGUUAUACAAUAAAGCAAUGCAAAGAGUUACUGAAAACAGCAUUAAGUGUUCACCACAUGCUUCAACCAGAGAAUAUGUUAUGUUCAGAACUGCAUUAGCUUCUGUUCAAAAAUCUGCAACACAUAUUCCUCCCCCCAAAAGUGUGCAAACAAAGUUAUCCAGUCAACGUGAUCCGAAAAGUUCUACAUACAGUCGGCACAAUGAAUUCUCUGAGGUUGCCAAGACUUUGAAAAAGAACGAAAGCCUCAAAGCUUGUAUACGCUGUAAGUCACCUGCAAAAUAUGAUUCCUAUUUACAACGUGCAACCUGCAGAAGGGAAGGCUGUGGAUUUGAUUAUUGUACAAGGUGUCUGUGUGAUUAUCAUUCCACCAAAGACUGUGUGAAUGGCAAGCUCCUGAAAGCCAAUUGUAAAAUGGGUCCUCUUCCUGGUACUAAAAAAAGCAAAAAGAAUUUACAAAGAUUGUGAUCUGUUAUUAAAUCAAUUAUAAAUGUGCAUGAGGGUUAGUUAGAAAAUGUUAGGUUUUAAUCUUACCCCCCCAAAAAAAUGGUUGUGAUUUUUUUUGCUUUUUAUAUUGAAAUCAAUGUAUCUGGGAUUUUUCCCCCAGUAAAUACAAGACACACAACUUCUUAAAAUAUUUUAUGACUUAAUGUGAAAAAGCUUAAAAUUCUCAGUACAAAACAAAAUUUAAAUAUUUUUUAAAAAAGGGAAAACUACAUAGUUACUAUCUACUAGCAUUUGAGACAUCUUGUUUCACUAAAUUAAUGCCAAUUAAAAUAUCAAUUUCUGGAGUCUGUUAAUUUAAAUGUUUGUUUACCUUUCUUAAACUUUUU